UAUGCUGCCCAUCGUGGGAGAGUGGAUAUCCUGAAAAUCCUGCUGGAGCAUGGUGGAUCUGCGUCCAGGGAAGAUAGUAAAGGAAGAACACCACUAUAUUUCGCAUUCCACAGGCGGAAUACAGAGAUGAUUCAACUUUUACUCGACGCCGGUUCAGAUGCAAUCAAUCCAUUCAGGUCUCCCAUCCGUGUGCGCAAAAGGCGGCUGUCUCCGCUGAUUGAAGCGGUGAAAAGGCAACGUGUUGAGAUUGUCAGACUCUUGCUGGCGGCCGGUGCUGAUCCUAUAGGGUUACAUGAUUCAGGCGAUUGUCCCAUAUUGGUGCUCGCUGCUAAGACUGGGAAUGCGACAAUUGUCACGAUGUUGUUGGAAAGAGGGGUCGAGGUUGAUCACAGAAUCAACUUUAACUACAAUGCUCUUCUUGCUGCAGCAAAGGAGGGGCAUGAAGGGGUUGUCAGGGCGUUGGUGAAUGCCGGCGCU